AUGUUACUCCUCCAUAUUACGAUCAAUAAGAGCAUGUCAGUCAAGGACAAGGGUCUCCUCUGGUUCUCGGCCUUGUUAGUCUUUCGAUACUGGCGCGCUAUCGUUACCCGAUUCUUCUAUACUCAAUACAAGGCAGCCACCGUACCUGAAGAUAAGUUGAAGUUCAACAAAUCAGCUUGUACUGUAAUCGUACCCACAGUUGGUCCUAUGCACAACCCGGUGUUCGCAUUGAUGGUUGAAGGUAUCCUUCGGAACAGGCCAGAGCGACUCAUCUUCGCUGCAAACAACGAGAAAGUGGGGGGCAGAAUCAAAGAGGUGGUUGCCGACGUGAUACAAGCCCUCAAUGGCGGAAAGAGAGACAAAGAGGGAGACAAAAAGAAAGAGAGCGAGUAUUACAAAUUGUGGGACGAGCCUACAAUCUUUUUCAAUUGGGACGAUGAAACAAAAAUUGAGUACGAAUACAUUGUUGAAUCCAACAAGCGCAAGCAGACCAACGAAGCUAUCGGGAAGGUAAAGACAAAAAUCACUCUUAUGGUCGAUGACACCGCUAUCUGGCAUCCAAGGUUCUUACAGGAGACUCUACCGGCUUUUAACGAUCCAAAGGUUGGUCUCGUGGGUACGCGCAAGCGGGUGGAAUACAUACGCCCUUCUCGUACCGAGGACGCACACAAGGGGAAGAGCCGCAUGCGGUUUUGGCUGAGCUGGUAUCGAUCUGGCUUUUGGAACACCGUCGGUGCGCAGUAUCUUGAUCGCCAUAGCUAUGAGAUCAGGGCGUCGAAUGCUGGCGAUGGCGCCGUAUUUGCCAUCUCCGGUCGUACUCUCGCCAUCUUGACCGACAUAGUACAGGAUGACAAAUUCAGGAAACAAUUUGUGGAAGAAUACGUCCUUACGUGGGUCUUCGACUGGUUGAGCUACUUCAGAAGCUGGCACAUAUUACCCGCUGGCUGGCUACUCAAUAUAUUCGAAGGAAAAGGUCUAACCAACAAAGGUAUCGGGCCCCUCCUUGCGGACGAUGACAACUUCAUCACGCGAUGGGUCAUUAACCGUGGAUGGAACAUCAAGGUCCAAUAUUCGCCAGCGGCCACUAUGAUGACGAGAUUGGGAAGCGUGGAGAUCUUCAAGUAUGUGGAUCAAUGUGAGCGCUGGAGCCGCACAACCUUUCGUCAGAAUCCUAUCGCGCUCUUUUCGGAUCGAACCAUCUGGUGGAAAUGGCCUAUCGGAGUGUGGACAGUGUACUUCCCGUGGAUGUACAACUUCGCGGUCUUCUGGGAUGGUCUGGCCAUCUACAACUUUUGGCGAUCCGGACUGUAUCAGAACUCCUCGAAUGGCAACGCACGACUUGUCUGCCUGAUCCUGGCUAUAUGGGCGACUAAGCUCAUCAAGACUUGGCGAUGGUUUCGAGAGCAUCCUCUGGACUUCCUUCUGUUCUUUGUCAUUCCGGCUUACCCUUUGUUCGGAUACUACCAUUCCUGGCUCAAGCUGUACACAGCGAUUAGCUGCUGGAAGAAUGAUUGGUCUGGGAGGGACGUGAAGAAGGCAGAAGAAGAUGCAGGUGCCAUCCUACGCGAGCAAAAUAAAGAUAUCAUCAUAAGCCGAGCGAAGGAAUAG